CGCGUUUGGUCUGACUUUCCGAAGAAGGAAAGAACGAACGAACUGGAACCGAAAAAACGAAACACAACGAAGCUAAGCACUGAAAUCGAAGUCGAAAUCAAAGAGAAGCUAAAGGUUGCGAAUUUUUCAAGCUUUAUGGUGUCCGUCAAUCCCAACCCUGCUCAAGGUUUUUACUAUUUCGAUCCCAUUAAUAUGGGACUCCCCGGUGCUAAUUCUGUGCCGCCACAGGCUCCACCUCCUCCCCCCACCUCCACUGCCAGCAACACAACCGUAUAUUCCGACGAUCCCAGUAAGAAAAUCCGGAAGCCGUACACUAUUACCAAAUCUAGAAAGAGCUGGACUGAGCAGGAACACGAGAAGUUUCUCGAAGCUCUUCAAUUAUUUGAUCGUGAUUGGAAGAAGAUUGAAGCAUUUGUUGGGUCAAAGACAGUGAUCCAGAUCCGUAGUCAUGCACAGAAGUAUUUUCUAAAGGUUCAGAAAAACGGGACUAGUGAACAUGUACCUCCCCCUCGACCAAAAAGGAAAGCAGAUCAUCCGUACCCACAAAAAGCUCCCAAAAAUGCUUCUGUUGCACCCCGAGUUUCUGGACCAUUUCAAUCUUCAUCUGCUUUGCAUGAACCUGGUUUUACAUACAGACGAGAUUCAUCAUCAGUGCCUGGAAAUCUGAUUGCCCCUGCAUCUUUGCCUUCCUGGAGUUUCAACUCUGUGCCACCUGUCGCUGUAUCUCAAGUGACUAAAGAUGAUGCAGUGUUAGCUGGACCAACUGUUGUGCAUAAUUCUUGUUACAGUAGUAGUAGUGAAAGCACACCCAGAACAUGUUCAUUUGGUGAAACAGUUGACCGGGGAGAUCAUUGGAAGCCAUCUAGAGUUCUGCCAGAUUUUGCUCAGGUCUACAGCUUCAUUGGCAGUGUCUUUGACCCUGGUUCAAGCGGCCAUUUGCAGAAGUUGAAGCAGAUGGACCCAAUAAAUUUGGAGACUGUUCUGUUGUUAAUGAGAAACCUCUCUGUCAAUUUGACAAGCCCCGAGUUUGAGGAUCAUAGAAGGUUGCUUUCGACAUACGAUGCCGAGUCUGGAGGUGUUAAACUUUCAUACAAUGACAUCCGCUCUCUAAAAUCAGCAAGUGCUGUUCCGACAGCAUAGUAAGGUUGCGGGAGUAAGAUCCUGCACGUUAACUUGCUAACAGAGUUAGAUGUGUGUGUAUGUAUGUAUGCAUGUGUGUGUGAGAUAGCAGGUGUGAUCUUCCCAGGACUUGGCAGCUUAUAGCAUAGCUUGUAAAUUGGUGUUUCUUUAAGCGUCUGCAUAUCAUAAAAAAAGCAUCAGUUAGAGGCUACCAUGUAGAGAGAGAGAGAGUAUUGAGUGCUUGUUUCCCGAGUUUUCGCUGUAUAAUAUUUUUUGUUUCAGAAUUCCUCUCUGGGGUUUUGAUACUGAAAUAAUAAAGUUAGAAAGUAUGGGGGUUUGAAUUACGGUCU